ACACUCACUUUAUAUAUCUGUAAAGGUGGUGGUAUGGUCUGGAGGUACUCCCUCCUGUUUGCUCCGAUCCAGCUGGAGCACGUCAAGCAGGAGAUGAGGAACCUCUGCGUUCUCAGGAUGAUUCAUGGAUUCGCAGAGUCUAUGCCCCUUCUCCUUAUGCAGGCCUACAUAGCCUGCACUAGUCCAACUACAAUAGAAGAAAUAAACGUUAUAUCAAUGGCCCUGUCUCUUUUCAACGUAUGCUGGGCCCUGGCAUCAUUCACAAAGAAUAUUAGGUCGCACAACGUUCAUAGAUUAGUUCUAACUUGGAUAGGAGUCAUUUUCCAAUUCCUUUGGAGAUUAGGCACAAUUUCAUCCAGGGUCCUGGUAUUGGUCCUGUAUACUACAGUUUUUAAGUACUGGGUAUUCCUAGUAGUAGUGCUACACUGGAUCACUAUGAUGCUCUGGGUUCUAUCUAGAUAUGCUACUUUUAAGUCUGAGCGUCUAACAGCCUGGAAUAGAAUAGUUUUGAGUUUCUUUGUCUCGUAUAUCCAUAUCUUCUGCUAUCUCAACCUAGAGGAGCAGAAUACCAAGCUCAAGAUCAUCACCUUCUAUACCAUCAUGCUGGUCGAGAACAUCCUCCUCAUAGCGCUCUGGGCUCUAGGUAUAGAGAACAACUACGUCUACCUUGAGCUCAACCUGGACCGAACCCAUGUUUUCGUCGCAGUUUUUGUUUCCUACUUCCUCGGACUGGUGUUUAUGAGUAUUUACUAUAAAUAUUUUCACGUUAGAAAAUUAUCUGCAGCUCUGAACUAUAGUCCGAACCAGGAGGAAAACAAACCAGCCAAACGUCAAACCUCCUCCGUAUGCUCGGAUAACCCUGCUGUAACCGUGUUUAAUUGUGCUCUCAACCCUGCCCUGAGAAAGAAGAAGAAACUGCCCUCCAGAUCUGUCCCUCCUCCUCCUCCAGACACAACUCCGUUCUGGAAGGAACCCCUACCUAGAGAAGAACGAACUGCGGGAGACGGGUUGAGUUACAGUAGGACGACUAGUGUGGACGAUAUUAGACAGAAACUACAGGAGAAGCGGGAUAAGCAGAUGCUAGAGUUGAGACGGAUCGAAGACGAUCUUGCUGCAGGACGGAUUAAGAAACCUUCUCUCAGUUCUCAGAUCAACCAACCUAUACCAGUGAUAAAACGAACCCCGAUGAUUCUGAGUGGAAGGAGAGAAGAUUGGCCUGGACCUGCCCAACAUGAGUUCCAAGACUCCGGGCACGGAUCCUACCUAGGCAUGAGAAAACCCUACCCAGAGUCUGAGUAUCUCCCCCAACAGUCUGGAUACUACCCGGAGCAAAGCAUGCCAUACAUUCACAACCCAAACUUUGAAACAUCUUUAAACUCGGACAGUUUUCAAUCCUACCCGGAGGAAUUCAAUCCCGGAGAGAGGUUUCAACCUUACGGACAUUUUGACUCUGCAAGGUUUGAGAGAAGAGUUCCUCCUGAGAAUAGAUUAUCCAGAUACCCAGAUCCUGGUUUCCAGGAUGGAAUGAAUCAACCCUACCAGUCCUCAGGUCUACUUAGAGAAGGUGUAAAUCAACCCUACCAGUCCUCAGAUCUACCUAGAGAAGGUGUAAACCAACCCUACCAGUCCUCAGGCCUACCCAGAGAUUCAUAUUAUGGAUAUAAAGAUUCUAGUGGGGAUCAAGGUGACGUAGAUGAAGAUGAUGAUAUAACCUCGGGUGGUGAUUCUAUUCCUAACCAUCCACAACAUCAUUCUACCUUUAACUCUUCCCAUUCACCCUUUAAUUCUUCGCACACUGCCUUUAAUUCUUCGCACCCUCCCUUUAACUCCUUUCAAAACACCCCUCCUGGUCGCCUGCCUCUACCCCUACCAAGAAACAGGGUGGUGAUAGGAGGAUAUAAUGAUGAAACCCCAUUAUAGCACAAAUUAUGUAAAAAAUAAUGUCUAGCCUUUCUUCCUGUGAACAAUAUUGAUUCUUUAUGUACAAACUUAUAAUGGUAAUCUCUGAACAUAUGUACAAAGCUGUGUAGUAGAAUUUACCACAAAAAGUAUUGAAUGAAUUUUAAGUUUUAAGAAAACCUUGUCACCAGUCUAAAUUAUUCCAACGGACAAAAAUAUAAAUAAAUAGAUUAUU